AUUUGUGGACCCUCCCGUUAUCCACGGUCAAGCCUCUUCCCUCCCGCUGUCCUCCCGUUCUCAAAGGAAACCUCCAGUACACUGUCCAAGAAAACCCUAAUUUCUACAACUUAUCUUUCUUCUUUCUGAAACCCCAAAACCCCUUGCUUCCCUUCUCUCUCCUCUAAUGGCGAUCACCAUCAGAGCGGGGGCGGUCCCCAUCCUCAAGCCAUCCAUUCCCUCUGUUCCUCCUCGACCCCGGACCUUCUCGGUGGCCUCCGAGCCGUCCAAGCCGGCGAGAAUUCGGCCCCUAACUUUGGAAAAGAACUGGGAAAGGGCGACGACGGCGUUGGUCUUCGGGAGUCACAGUUUGGGAUCUCUGAGAAGUGGGAGUGGUCUCCUGGAGCGACCUAAUUUUGACCAGUCGCAGUUCGAUCCCCUUCCUCAAGUUCAAGAAGGAGGAGAUAUAGGACAGUUGCGUGAUAAGAGAGGACUGGGGAGUGGAGACAGCUACAAGGUGUUGCUGAUUGAUCAUGAUCGUCAUACAGAGAAGUUAGUGGUAAAGGCCUUACCACAGGCUGUUCCAAAAGUCACAAUUGAUGAUGCAAGAAAGCUCUUUCACGAAUCUCGGCUGAAAGGUGCCACUGUUGUUAUUGUUACCGUAAAGGAGCAUGCUGAAUUCUAUGCACAAAUGAUGCUAAGGUGGGGGCUGCAAUCAGCUAUAGAGCCAGAUUCAAACACAGCAUAAAUCAGACCUGACUGCUUGGAAUGUUUUUAUUACAAUUGCCAAAUUUGUGCUUCAAACGUGUGGUUCCACACACUGGCAUUUUGAUGUCAGAGCAAAGAGGGUAAACAAUUGAGGGCUUAAGUUCUUGAUGUUUUGGGGUCCAUGUAAUAAAUUACUCUAUAAGAGAUUGAUUCUGAUAUAUGCUUCUUGAAGCUCCUAGGAUCCUAAAUUGACUGUUGUAUAUAAGUGAAGUUUAACUUACAUCUUGAAAGUGAAUGACAAGAAAAUAUUGUGGGCUAUAUUCUUCAGGAA